UCUAUUACCACAUUUAUUGCCAUGUUUUCUUUUCUCUUCUUUACUCUCCCAAAAGCCUAACCGAUCUUCUCUGGAAUCUCAUUAAAAAAAAUUCUUUCAUCUUCUACCUCCCUCUUUCUCUCGAACAAAGAAUGAAGCGAUGGACAAGUUUAGGACAUGUAGAUACGAUAAACGAAGAAGAAGACUACAUGGAUCACUCUUCUUCCUUCUCUUCCUCUUCUUCAUCUUUGUCUCCUUCUCCCCAACCACGUAUCAGUCUCUCUUCUCCUUCAAUGGAGCUUGAAUCUAGAGUCAAUAAAUGGUCGUUGGUUCAUAAUUCUAAACCUGAUGCGUUGGUACAUGUGGGCGGCACAAGGUUCCAUCUUCAUAAGGAUCUUCUGUCAAGAAGCAGCGGCUAUUUAAAACGCCACCUAACGGACGUUGACGAAUUAACUCUCUCACCGCCGUUAAACAUAACAGCCGAAACGUUCUCGUUGGUAACUGCUUUCUGUUAUGGCGCUCACAUUGAGCUAACGCCGUUCAAUGUCGUUUCGCUGAGAGUCGCCGUCGAGCUUCUUCUGAUGAUUAGAGAUAACCUGAAGAACUUAACGGAGUCAUAUCUUCAACGAGUCGUCUUCGUCAACGCUAACUACAUCAGCAUCGUUCUCCGUUCAUGCCUCGCCUUGCUUCCGGAGUCGGAAACGGCGGCGUUUUUAGUCGGAAGAUGCAUCGAAGCUUUGACGGAGAUCGGAGACGGAGACUCCGUCAACGAGUUUCUCGAGCAAGCCGUUAUACUUCCCGCCGGAAAUUUCGUCGUCGUCGCCGACGCCGUGCAGCAGCAUUUCCCGCGCCACGAUUUGCUCUACAGAGUCGUUGAUGCUUACGUGAAGGAGCACAACGGAGAGAUAACGGAGGAGGAGAAAGUUGAGAUAUGUAAUUCGAUAGACUGCGACAAACUCUCGCCGCCGUUACUCCUUCACGCCGUCCAAAACCCGAAAAUGCCCCUGAGGUUUAUCGUACGCGCCAUGCUACAAGAGCAGAACAACACGCGCCGCUCGAUCAUAGCUGCCGCGGAUUCUGUCGCCACCACCGGCGCUCCUGCCGGACAUCGACACCGAGAGGACUCCUCCGCGACGCUGGAGUCGCUUCUACAGCGAGACACGGCGGCGAGGCAAAACUACCGGCUAAGAGCAGCGAUGGAUUCAACAAGCUCGAGGAUAAAGAGCUUGGAGAAAGAGCUCGAGGAGAUGAAGAAACUCAUAUCGAAAGAAUCACAACGGAUCAUGGAGUCUAAUUCAAGGAGCGUGAUGGACUCUGCUCGAUCCGCGAGCUUCCACUGCGUUCACCGAACGAGUAACAACGUAAACAAGAUGCAGAGAGGAGAGAGAGGUUCGGUUUCAUCACUGAGCACGACUUUCCUGCGAGGGGGAACCUCUCCUCCGCCGCAGCACCGACGAGAGAAAAGUCUGGGGAAAAGACUGAUAAAUGGAUUAAAGAAUGCUUUCUCUUCAUCAUCACCCAAACAAGGAGCCAAGAAAAAUGCGAAUACAGUUGAUGAGAUUUAUGAUGGGUUAGAAGAUAUCGUAUGGAUCAAAGAAGAUGACAACGUCUCAGAAGAGCUUCACACUCACUACAUCAAAAACUUAUGAUCUCUCUCUCUAUCUCUUACCAGAUUCCAUAAUCUUCCCUCAGUAAAGUUUUGUAGCCAAAGAGUGAUUCUACUGUUGUAACUGGUUACCAAUUUAAGGAAUAUCAUGAAUGACUGAAAAUAAAAAAAAUAAAACGUAAAUAAAUGUAAUAAAGGAAGUUAUGGAAUAA